UCUGGUGAAGUUGAAAUUUGACAGACAAAGAGCGGUGAUUAUCCUUGAUCAUUCAUUGUUAGGUUUACCCAUUUAAUCAUCUCGGGGGUCAGGGAGAAUAUCACCAAAGAUAGGGAUGAAUGGUUUGUCGUUCAGCGAGCUCUGUUGUCUGUUUUGCUGCCCGCCAUGUCCGUCUCGGAUCGCAGCCAAGCUGGCAUUUCUACCACCUGAGCCAACCUAUUCGUUCAUAUCGGAUGAAACAGCAUCAAGGUACAGCUUGCAUCUGACAGAGAAAGCUGAAUGGCAGUACACACAGCGCGAAUUGGACGUUAUAGAAGUGUUUAUGACGAGAACGUCCAGAGGGAACCGAAUAGCAUGUAUGUUUGUACGCUGUUGCCCAAAUGCACGAUAUACGAUUCUGUUCAGUCAUGGUAAUGCCGUCGAUUUGGGACAGAUGUCAAGUUUUUAUAUCGGCCUUGGCUCAAGAAUCAACUGUAACAUAUUCAGUUUUGACUACUCAGGUUAUGGCACAAGCUCAGGUCGUGCUUCAGAGAAAAACCUCUAUUCAGAUAUAGAUGCUGCGUGGCAAGCAUUGCGGACCCGCUAUGGGAUAAGCCCACAAAAUGUAAUUCUUUAUGGCCAAAGUAUCGGCACAGUGCCCACAGUUGAUCUGGCAUCAAGAUUUGAGGUGGGAGCUGUCAUUCUACAUUCUCCUCUUAUGUCUGGGAUGAGAGUAGCCUUCCCAGAGACGAAACGUACAUGGUUCUUUGAUGCGUUCCCUAGCAUUGACAAAGUCCCGAAGAUUACCUCUCCUGUACUGGUCAUUCAUGGAACCGAGGACGAAGUGAUUGACUUCUCUCAUGGCCUGGCCAUCUACGAGCGCUGCCCUCGGGCUGUGGAGCCCCUGUGGGUGGAAGGGGCUGGCCACAACGAUGUAGAACUCUUUGGACAAUAUUUGGAACGUCUGAAACAGUUUGUUAAUGUAGAACUGGCUGUGAAUUGAUAGUGGCCUGCAGCUAUAAAUUUGGUUACAUCGUAUUUCUCAUUCCUUAGAGCCAUGAAUUCUCAUCUGACACCAAGAGUGGCAAGUGGCAAAAUUCACAUCUUUCCGAAAUGGCAAAGACCACGGGUCAUUUUUCAGACAGUUGUUUUCUUGAUUUUUCAUUUCGGUUUAUUUCAUGAAUAUCUUUGGGUCUCUUAUUCAUUUUCUUUUUAAACCUUUGCCUUGGAACUCAUUUAUUUUCUAUGGUACCACAUGUUUUUCAACAUCACAUUUCUGUAUCCUUUAUAUAUCAGAGGUGUUCAGUCACAUUUUAUUCCGUACCAGGCAUAUCCUGUGCACGACAUGUCAUCAGCCAUCAUUGACAUAGGUACACAAAAGUGUAUAUUUAAUAAAAUGUAAUGACGUGUGUAUAUGUAUAUAUGUGUGUGUGUGCCAGGAUUGAUUUAAAUUACUGGUCGGUUAAAAACAAGGAAUUGAAAAAUAAGAAAUUCAAAAGUACUUAUAUAUAUAUAUGUAUAUAUAUAUUUUCAUCUGUGUAAUAAAAUUAGGUUAUAAAUACGUGUAAUCCCCAAAGAACCUUAGAAAUGUAACUGGGUCCCCUUUGAUUUCAUAUGUGUUGUAUGGGCGGCGUUGGAAUAUUACCGUAUAUUAUGCUGCACAUUAUUUGCCAUUUGCGGACGAUGCCUGCACGUGGAAAAACAGAGAAGGUUCUGUAUGAAUAUACAUGUAAACAUGUAUGUGCAGAGUUUGUCUCCUAAAAUAUGCUGCUGAAAUACGUGUACAUUGUAAAACGGUUGUCUUUUUUUUUUUUUUUUAUCGUCCUAACUCAUUUGCAUGUGUGUGCAAUGCUUAGCGUUAUGCAUAGCACAUGCUAUUAUAAUCUUUUUAAUGAAGAAUAGUGUUUAUUCCAAAUUACUCCCAUGAUAUUUAGAGCAAAAGUCAUGGAGUGGAGGAUUGAUAUUUAGAUUAACUUGAUCAAGUUUGGCUUUCACUGUGAAGAAAUUCUGCAGGGUUGCACAAUGGUUUACAUUGAUUUUCUACAAAAUUUGGAAUGUUUUAGGUAUAGGACUUCAGACAGUUAAAUAUAGAGCAGUGAGUUUUGGCUUGACCUGUCUGUGGGUAUCCAUGCAUUACACUUUCUACUCUCAUUAUCUUCCUUAUGUGUCAGUAACAUAACAUAUAUAUGGCAGUACUUGGGGGUAAAUGCAGAAGUAAUAAUCCCAAAUUUAUGUUGCAGAAUUCCAGUGUGCUUUGGGUAAUGAACAACAACAACAACAAAAACAACACAUUUUCGGGAGGAUAUUUGUUGCACACUAGGAUUUCUCUCCUUGAUUGUACAUGUACGUGUUGGACAAAAGAAAUUAGUCAAUCUAUUUCAUAAUGAAGUGGUACAUGUAUUAGAUACUGGUACUUUAGACAUACUAAUUAUGUUAUUGGUUAUAAAGGUUAGAUGUUAAAAUAAUGUCUUGAGUGAACAGGUAAUCAUGGUGACUGUACAAGCCAUGGUAAUCAUGGCUUCCUGUUUUCAUUUCUGCGUAACUUUUUUGACAUGAUGGUAUGGCAAGCUAAAUUUCCACUAAUUGAAUGAGAGCUGAAUUUGGAUCUCUGUCAAGCUUUUGUCUCAUGAAAUAUCCAGUUUAUUUCUUCACGUUUGCGGUUUGGUAGAUCCGAAGAAUAUUGUUACUUAUUGAAUAUUAUACUUACUUGUGUUGUGAAAGUGAUGUAGAUAUAAAGAGAGUGUGUGUACUGUACAUAUCUGAUGGCCUACGAAGUUGACAGUGAUGCGCCGUGUUUUGCACAUAGCUGUCUUGGUAGUCAUGCGAGUAGAGGGAGCUUGUUUAAACGACAGUGACAUUGUGUUCAUAUCAGGGGAUCUGCGUGCAGGCAAGAUAUCAGUAAUGACUGUGUCAGAUGCCGGAGAUUUUUGUUCUGAAAGUAUUGCAGUGACAGAAAACUAUAUGUAUGAACCUUGAAUCUAGUCUUAUUAAUGAUAUAAAUUUAUAUUGUGUAUACUUGUACUAUAAUCUGGAGCUGGUUGACGAAAAAAAGAAGUUACAAUUGACAUAACCUUAGGAGUGAAUAUUUUCACUCUUGCGUCUUAGAAUAUCUGUGCAUGACCCAAACGGGUUGCAAGUUUAAAAAAAAACAAAAACAAUUUGGCCAUUAUUUAAACUGAAAUAUUCUCAUGAUGGGAAUUAAAACGCACUCAAAGUAAAUAAAUAAAUAAAGAAUGGAUGUUAUGGCAGAUGAUUCUUAUCUUACGUUGAGUAUUUUGAAUAAAGCCUGAUCACAGAUAUGAUAAACUGGGUAACCCUACAAAUUAUUGAGUCUGGGGGAAGGCUAAGAUUUACCUGGUGUAACAGAGGUUGGAGCUAUUGUAAAAUGAAUUGGAUUUUCAUCUUUGGAUCUGCAAGUCUUUGUAAAGUAAUGGUAGUGCAUAGAUAGACUACAUAAAUACAUGGUGGAGUCACAGACAGAACAAUACCUGGCAAGGAUUCUUUACUGGUUAAUCGCAUUGCCUCUAUUUUUAUUACAGUAAAUGUGCAAACGCAGUCUUUCAACAGUUCAUGUGGUUGCCUCUUUUUAAUCUCCCUUUAAACAUUAUCUGCACAGUUUGCACAAACUGAUUAUUUGCUUCACAUAGAGUAUACUAUAGACAGCUGUCUGCUGGAUAUACCUUAAAAACACUGGUAUUACAUUGUGUUCCAUUGUAUUCAUACCAGGUAUUUUUAAAGCUCCUCUGCACAUAGAUAAGAUGGUGUUACAUACAUGUGUACGUGCACCCACAUCAUGGUCUCGGUAUUGACAGUAUCAUUUGUAUAACCCACACAAUGGUUUCUGACAGGAUCCUGGUAGUCAGAAAUGUCUUUCUGAGAACACAUUUUUAAUCUUUUCUUUUAACGUCAGAUUGACAUUUCCUUUAAGUUACUGUACCUGUUUGUGUGCUAAUCUAUUCUUUAAAAACUUAUUGUUACAGAUAAUCCUAUUUGCCAAAUUUGGAUGUUCCUGUUUUUGUGACGGUCUCAGAACUUGUCAUUGCACUGUUACAUGUGUGCACCUUCUGGCUGAAUGUGUAGCUCUCCACUAUGGCUCGAGCUAUCUUUAAUUGUAACAUUUAUUAUGUGAAUUGUAAGUGAAUAUUGUCAUGACGAUGACCUAAGUGGUGUAGUGUUAACUUAUGAAAAUUUUCAACACUUGGUAGAUAUCUUAACUGAAGUGCAUGUCCAUCGUCUUUGAACACACAAUUGGCCAAUUAAAGAGAGAAGCAAAGCUCUACAUGUAGCGGUGUAUAAUGUAAAUAUAGUGACCUUUUUUGUUGUCUAAAUAGAGCUAUUUAAAAAUGGGGUUAAUUUUUACAUUUUUUUUGUUUGUUUUUAGUUUUGUUACAUUUUUAGCUAUCUAGACUUUUGCUUCUGUAACCCUGGCAUCCCUAUCUAAAGGUGCUGUCUACACUGUAUACAUAUUAUGCUAAAUUCCUUUUUUGCUUUGUUUUUGUGUGCAGCAUCUGUAUGUUAUACAUGUAUUUUAUUUUAUUGUCUUUUCAUAUAAAUAUAUUUGAAUAUGUCCUAUAUACAGGUGUAAAUACUGGUAACAUUACACAGAUGUUAUUCAUCUAUUUUUUUUUUUUUUUAAAUAUUACAGGGUUCAAAGGUUACUGUGACCUAGACCUCAUCAAUACGUACUGCACACCGAGUCUGUACAAGGGUUACGUACAAAAUACAUUAAUUCUUUAAUAACAGUAUAAUUUUGAAAUCAUACAAAGAACAUAUCCUAGAUUCCUUCAUAUUCUUAUGAGUGGGGUAAGCAAAACACUCUGAAAAAUUAUGCAUGUACAUGUUCUACUGGAUUGUAGGUGCGUGGAUGUAUACAGGUUGCCAGAUGUACUUAACAAUUAUAUCUGUAGUGUCUGAAGUCCCAUAUGGCACACCCACACACUAUGAACAGAAUCUAUCAGUUUGUAUAAAUGGUUAUCAUCAGUUGUCUUUUUCUGUUUGAUUUUUUUUUUUAAAGAACUUGCAUGCUGAUCAUGCUCAUUUUCAUCUGUCAAAGUAAACAAUAAUUACAUCUGGUCUGUACAGUUUAAUGUAAUAUUUCUAGUCUGUGAAGCCAUCAUUAUGGCUGAAAUAUUGCUGACGUGGCAAUAAGCCAUUUCCAUUCAUUCAUUCUACAUGCUACACGUAGGGGAGUUUGAAGCAAAGGUGACCAUAUAUGGCUGAUACUAAAUAGGAAAUGUGGCUGGCACUUCCUCACGUUUGUUUAAUUGGAAGUAUAAGACUAUAAGAUUUUUUCAGUUCUACUGAAUUUGAGAAUAUGACAAAGAACUUUUUCAGUUCUGUUGAAUUGAGAAUGUGACUUAAGAACUUUUCAGUUCGGUGCAACUUAAAAUAUGACUAGUAAUUCAUCAGUUUUCAUACCUAUCUGUACUCACACUUUACAAAGGCCAUUAUUUUUAGUCAGAUACAGUCAUAACGACUGACAUAUCUGACAUAUAUGUGUUUUCAUUGUGUAUAUAAGGACAACUAAGACUACCUUGUUGGGUUGAUUGAAAUUGGAUAGCAGCUAAAUCUUUGAGAAUUAAUGGGAAUAAUCAGAGAAUAAUGAUAUCAAUUUGCUGGCACGCAUUGUUUUAUGGGAUGUGAAAUGGGGCAAGGGCAAUAAGCAAAGCUUACAUUACACAGAAAGCAAGCUGCCCUACUCCUCCACCAUAUGGCCACUUUCCUCUUCUGUAAAUCUCCUCGACUUGUGAAACAAAAGGACUUCUGAAACAAAAUCCAGAUGUGUGUGCAAAUCACACCUGUAGCCUUCUGCAAAUGGAAUGAUACUUUCACACUUGCUCCAAAAAAAAAAAAGAAAAAAAAAGAGACCUGCUUACCCCACUUCAGAUCUCUCUGUAUGCUUUGUAGAUUUGAGUGCUGUUAUCAUUAUCUUAGAGGGUUAUUGGGUUUCGCAUUUUAGCCUCUUGAUAAUGAUGUGAAUCUUAAUGUGCAAUGCACACCUUGACCAAAAAUCCAUUUUUUUCUCACAAUCUUCCCUAGUAGCUACCUGACAUUGAUAUCAAUCCUUCAACAUUUACCUAUCAUGUAAUAGGUAUUCUCUAAUACCUUCCAUUUAAUAUUAUUGAUUGUUUCAUCUUCGUUCACCCUGUAUGUCUUACAGUGGUCUGAAAAUGUUUCUGACAAUUACUCACAUAAAGGUGUCUGUCUGGGUUAAUACAUGGUAUCAUUGUUACAGCACCACAGAAGAAGUUAUUAUACGUAUACGUUUUCAAGCAUUUUUUCGGUGACAUCUACUUUUCUGUCGUUACGUCAGAUAAACUGGACAAAGAUGUAUAUCAAGCCAGUACCAUGUACAAAGUCAUGUAAUAACCACUGUUGUACAGAAUCUUUUCCUUAAUUCUUGAUCGUCAAUGCAGUUCAAAUAAAAAAAAAGAUUAAUAUUUAUGC